GUACGCAUAUUGCGCAAGUCGACUUCAUUGACAACAGCAAGGGAAGACACAGGGCGUUAACGAUAUUGUUGUUUGUAUGAUAAAAUCCUUCAUUACAGGAACAUCACGGCACGAUAGAUAGAAUUGUUUCAACUAGCAAAGGGAACAAUAUUUUGAACUGGCGUUGCCGUACUUUAUCACAGGUUUAGUAACUGUAUCGAUCUGAAAAUGGCUCUACGUAGGAUCACACAGGAAACAUUUGAUGCUGCUGUAAGGGAAAACAUUGACGAGUUUGAGAUGGAUCCCGACGAGGCUUUGAAGGAAGCUGUGGAGCAGUUUCAAUCUCAAGGUGUGGACCUCAGUUGUAUUGUAAAAGCUGUACCUGCUGUUCCAUCUGAUGACAAACAGGAGCAAACGCAUGAGAUCUUACAGGCCCUGGAGUCCCUCCGCAUUGCAAAAGACUCUGCAGACAAUACAAAUGCAGCUGUAGAUCUAAAGUGUUUCACCGAGCAAUGUUCACUAGGAUUCGCUCAAAGAUUCCUGGCAGCUCAGAAAGGCGCGUAUCCCAUCAUCCUCUCCUACUGCCAAAAGAGCAUAGGAGAGCAGGAAGCCCUAUUGGCUGCUUUGUCUGCUUUGGCUUUGCUCACUGACGGACAGCCGGACUUGUUAGAUGCUGAAGGCAAGCGCUUCCUUUUGGAUGUUCUCAAUAAGUACCAGGCUGAUUCUUCAUUGACACGAGCUGCCAUCUCCGUUGUGCGUCAUUCUUGUUUGAAACAUGAGCAGAACAGACAAGAUUUGGUCAAAGCGGGCGUCCUGCCUUUACUGACUAAUGCCAUCAAACAGCACAGUGGAUGCGCGGACGUGGUCAAGGAAGCCUCUGGAGCGCUCAGGAUUAUGACUUUUGACGAUGAUAUCCGGGUUACGUUUGGGCAAGCUCAUGAGCAUGCGAAGAUGAUUGUUCUUCAGCACAAUGGCCUCAAGAUCUUAAUUGAGUCUGCAAAAGCUCACAAAGACAAUAGCUCUGUUUUGAGUGAGCUGUGUGCCACCUUGUCCCGUUUGGCCGUAAGGAACGAGUUCUGCCAAGACAUUUGCGACCUGGGGGGAUUGAAGCUUAUGAUGACACUGCUUGCAGACAGCUAUGAGUCAUCGGAGUUGGUGCGGCAGGUCUUGAGUGCAAUACGAGCCGUCGCGGGAAAUGAUGAUGUGAAAGACGCUGUUGUUAAAGCGGGUGGAGUCCAGCUCAUUGUCAUCGCCAUGAACAGACACAUGACAAUCUCCGCUGUGUGUGAGCAGGGCUGUGCAUGCCUUUCCGUCCUGGCUUUACGCAAGGCCAACAACUGCAAGGUCAUCAUGGAGGAAGGAGGGGCCUUAGCUGCUGUGCAGGCCAUGAAGUCUCAUUCUGGUGUUGUUCCUGUACAGAAACAGGCAUGCAUGGUGCUGAGAAACCUGGUGUCACAUCAGCCCACCUUCAGCCAAACAAUUCUGGAGAUGGGCGUGGAGGCCCUCAUUUUGCAAGCGCUACAGACCCAUAGCGAUUGUGGCGAUGUUGCCAAGGCUGCCCUCAGGGAUCUGGGCUGCCAGGUGGAGCUACGGGAGCUGUGGACCGGCAAACGUGCCGGCAUCACUAACUGAAAGGGGAGGAGAGCGGCAAUGAAAAGUGAUAUUGUGUUAUGCUAAAUUGUUUUUGAAAUGCCGUCUGAAGAAAUAUGAGAUGCACAGGCUGUAGUCAGCAUUAUGGUUUGAGAAGGGGGGGGGGGGGGGGGUACUCAUCAUACUGAGUUGGUAUCAUAAUAAAGCCUUUGUCAACAAAGGCCAUGAUAGUUUUUCAAUGUACAUGUUGUACUCCCUUUGUUUUAUAUUGUAUUGUUUACAUUGUAAUAAUAUUUUAAAAACACCUCCAGGCCACUGUAUCCAAUGUUUUGCAUUGAACCAAUGCACACAUUAUACAAUUCAAAGAAAUUCACACCACCGAAAUAAAAUGUCACAAGAAGUA